AAGUCAUUUUCUUCUCUGGAGGGGGGACGUCCACAGCAUCGGUUUCCCGGAUCUGGUAACAUGGCAAAAGAUGCCGGUCUAAUUGAAGCCAACGGAGAGCUCGAGGUCUUCAUAGACCAGAACCUGAGCCCGGGAAGAGGCGUCGUGUCCUUGGUGGCCGUUCACCCAUCCACGGUAAACCCGCUGGGGAAGCAGCUCUUGCCGAAAACCUUCGGACAGUCCAAUGUCAACAUUGCCCAGCAAGUGGUCAUUGGUACGCCGCAGAGACCGGCAGCGCCAAACACUGUCGUGGUAGGAAGCCCACACACCCCCAACACUCACUUUGUCUCUCAGAGCCAGCCUUCCGACUCCUCACCUUGGUCUGCCGGGAAGCGCAACAGGAAGGGCGAGAAGAACGGCAAGGGCCUGCGGCACUUCUCCAUGAAGGUCUGCGAGAAGGUGCAGAGGAAGGGGACCACGUCCUAUAACGAGGUGGCCGACGAGCUGGUCGCGGAGUUCAGCGCCGCCGACAACCACAUCUUACCCAACGAAUCGGCUUACGACCAGAAGAACAUAAGACGCCGGGUCUACGAUGCCUUAAACGUGCUGAUGGCCAUGAACAUCAUCUCCAAGGAGAAGAAGGAGAUCCGGUGGAUCGGCCUCCCCACCAACUCGGCUCAGGAAUGUCAGAACCUGGAGGUGGAGAGACAGAGAAGACUUGAAAGAAUAAAACAGAAACAGUCUCAACUUCAAGAACUUAUUCUACAGCAAAUCGCCUUCAAGAACCUCGUGCAGAGGAACCGGCAGGCGGAGCAGCAGGCCAGCCGGCCGCCCCCGCCCAACUCGGUCAUCCACCUGCCCUUCAUCAUCGUCAACACCAGCAAGAAGACGGUCAUCGACUGCAGCAUCUCCAACGACAAGUUCGAGUACCUGUUCAAUUUCGACAACACGUUUGAGAUCCACGAUGACAUUGAGGUGCUGAAGCGCAUGGGGAUGGCCUGUGGGCUGGAGUCCGGCAGCUGCUCCGCGGACGACCUCAAAGUGGCCAGGAGCUUGGUGCCGAAAGCUCUGGAACCGUACGUGACAGAGAUGGCUCAGGGAUCCAUCGGCAGCGUCUUCCUCACGACGGCGGGUUCCACGUCCAAUGGCACGAGGCUCUCUGCCAGUGACCUGACCAACGGCACGGACGGGACACUGGCCACCAGCUCCAAUGGGUCUCAGUACAGCGGCUCCAGGGUGGAGACCCCGGUGUCCUGCGUCGGGGAGGAUGAGGACGAGGAUGACGAGUUCAACGAGAACGAGGAAGACUGACGUCCGCGCAGUGUCCUCGCGGCCCUCCGGCUCCAUCUGAGGGAAGAGAAACUUUUUAAUGUGGGUUUUCUGUUUCUUUUUGGCCUCCUCCCAAGAAGACGCCGGUAAGCUGUCAGUUGGAGACGCUCCUCCGACGAGCGGGGCUGCUCCCGCGGGUCUGCGACGUGCCUGACGCCGGCGCGCGGCCCGGAGCCUCUUGCUACUCCUUAGGGUUUUGUGUUUUCAUUUUCUUCCCUUUUUUUUUUUUUUUUUAAAUUCAGAGUUCAUUUUUGCCUCUUAACAAUUCUUGCUGAGUUUGCUGAGGAAACUGUGCUCCAUCCACGUCGAUGACAGUAAAGCGCUGUGCUGUCGUGCGCACCACAUGCAUCUGUUUGCAGGUGUCUGACGGCGCUGGCGCCCAGCGAGGCUCGUGCCGAGCUUGCCGUGUGGAUCGUGCGGUGCCCGAGAACCACGCAGAUAGCGGAGCUCCGUGUCCAAACAAUAAGCACCGUACGUUGUAUCGUGACUUUAUUUUCCCUUAAAUUAUAUUGACUGUCGAGAUUCCAUCAAGUUUAUACACCUUUUCCCCCUCUCUGUAUUGCAGCAACAAAUUGCAAAGUGCUUCUUUCGUUUGUUUUGUUUUGUUUGGUAAGAGUUUAUUGCCACGCUGGCGCAGCUGUGGAGACUGUCUGGAAGGCUUGGAAUGGUUUAUUGCUUAUGGUAAAUUUGCCUGAUUUCUUACAGGCAGCGUUUGGAAACUUUUUAUUAUAUAGUUGUUUACAUGCUUAUGAGUCUAUCAUUUAAAG